CAUGGGUAUGAAUUAAACCAAUCACCCAGAAACCCAGAAGCUCUUAGUGCUCUUUUAAACGAACUGUUAAAUAAUUAGUGAUACAUUUUUCACCAAAAACAAUAGCACCUUUACAUUUAACGUAUUCUUUCUCUCAGGCAACGAUCUGUGAUCUCUAUUGUGAUAAGUCACAACUUUUCCUGAGCUUUAAGUUUGUAUUUUUGUAAAUUUAGCAAUAUGAACGCGAGAUCUCAAAUGUUCGAAUUGACCGUGGAAGGCAGACAAGCCGACGAAGCCGUGGCCAGCAUCUUUCAUACUGUGCUCUUCCACCGAUCUCUGGGUAAGUUCACGUACUCAGACGAAGGUAGCUACUCAGUCGGUACUGUCGGCUACACGGACGUAGAUUGUGACUUUAUCGACUUAACUUAUGUAUGUUGUUCGUCGUCGACUCUAGAACAAGCCAUCCGUAAAGAAAUAACAUGUUUCUCGGAACAACUUAGGGGUAACGAAGGCUCAGGCAUGGGCCAGAUCAGUUUAGAGUUCUUUCAAAAGAAGCCCAACAGGUGGCGCUUCCAGCCCGAAUGUAUACCCUGGGAAGUGUGGACUGUUCGAUUAGAAUUAAUUAGCUUAAACAACGAAGGGGAGAGACAGGUUUGUAGGGAAAAGGUCGGCGAAUUGCUCACCGAUAAAAUCAUCUACAUCACCGAGGUAAUGAAUAGGCACGACUACUUGCCUAAGAUGCCUAGCCAGAGCGAGCUCAACUUGAUCUUCGACACUAGUUUUCCGGACGUUCAACCGUAUUUAUUUAAAUUGAAUUACUCGAUUUCGGGGCCAAGUGGUAACGCUUCGGUGGGUAGUACUGUGAAGAAGCUGAUCAAGGGGACUCUGACAUUUUAAGGCAGAGCUAGGGCAGCAAUUAGGAGAGUGCGUGUUCUAAGGGAACGAGUCAGUGAAGGUAAAGAAUUUUUGGUUGAUGCUUAUAAGCCAACACUGGGCGGUAAAGGGUAUAGAUAUCUUGUUAACAAGACGUUUUUCAUUUCUCCUAUAUAUUUCAUGUCCUAAACAUAAGUUUAUUCAUUUAUUUAACAAGAUAUCUUCUAAAACAUGUUUUUCUUUAUUGUAAAGUAUAUUAUACCACAUCACUUUACCGUACCAAAUAUCUACCCAUAAACAAACUAAUAAUAUCACUAUUUUAGUAGUUCUCAGCAUCCUUUUACAAUUUUUAUUCAUCAUAUACUCUUCACAUACUAUUGCACAAGAAAGCUUUUAAAAAAAUAAAGAAAAACCAUGAUUAUUACCCGAAUAUUUCAUUUUGUAACAAAAACGUCCAAUGUUUGGUUAUGAGAAAUGUAAUCGAUUAUCAGAUGGGUUAGAUCUAUUCCCAAAAACUUCUUUUAUUGAAACACGUAGUUAUUACUCGAGCAGUAAACGAAUCAAACGUCAAGAAGUCACAGCCAAUGGCUUUGAUGAAAUGUCACCCGCCAGACGUCAACUGUCAUCUGUCAAACGUGGCUUGCCAUGUUAAACGUUAAUGGACAGCCUAAGUCUGACGUCACAAAUGUCACAAAAUUGGGAGGAGCUUAUAUUGACUCAAAACAAUUUUGUUUGUAACGUUAAAUUGUCAUAAGGAAUUUUUCAGUUAUGUGUGCUUUGUGUGGCAAAAUAAGACUUCAUUUAGGUAUUUCGUUAAAGAAACGUGUUAAUUAAGAGAUUUUUAUUCGUUUUUGCUCAGGUGGUUUUUAUUCCUUAGUGGUUGAAAAUAAACAUAACCUCAAAACUGUUUACGUUCUUAUCAUUGCAUUAAAUUAACUCACCUGGGCAAAAACGAAUAAAAAUCUCUUAAUUGACACGUUUCUUUAACUAAAUACAUAAAUGAGUAGUCUUAUUUUGUCACACAAACAUGUUUAUAAACAAAAUUGUUUGGAGUCAAAUAUAAGCUCCUCCCAAUUUUGUGAUGUCAAGACUUAGGAUGUCCAUUACCUCUUCCGUCUUUCAAACAUAGACAUAAUAAAGGGUAGACCAGGCAGGGUAUGGGCCGCUCGGUGCAUUGAGGUGUAACGCCAAUAUCAAUGGACAAUAUUAUCUUUGAGUGGUCUAGCCAUCUUUGUCACAUGCGCGGGAUUGUGCUGUAAAAAGAGAUAGACAGACCACCGAUCGACUGCCCGCGCGUUACGCUUUUUUGCUCAGUAUACCUUGUCUAUCCUUAAAAUGUCUAUGCUUUCAAAUCAUCUUCUGAAAGUUUAUUUAUCAAGCGUAAGUUUUUGGUUGUUGCUGUUAAAUACUUUUCUGUGGACACAACUUUUGUUUUUGACAUAUCUUUGGAGAAAAAAGUCAUUCGAGGCUAAGUCGUAAUGUUUACCAUUUCUGAUUGUGAAUUUCUGUAUACGGUGAAAUUCUGUAUACAACGGUGUAUACGUUAAUUGAUUCAUACUAUUCACCAAGAUUUUACUGUUAUCUUAUUAAUUGAAAUGUGGUUUUCAGUCUCCUAAUAAAGGUUUGUUCCAACCCGUCACAUUACCAUUCUUGAAUGGUUACGAGUAUGCGCAGUAACGAAAAAUGUGUUACUGCGCAUAAAUAUUUGUUAUUGCGCAUGCGCGUAACCAUUUCAGAACGGUAAUGUGACGGGUUGGAACAAACUCUAGUAAUUGAGUAUUCUUUGGUUUGUCCAUGGAAAUAUAGUAAAGUGAGACUUUUCUGCCUUACUUUGUAAGACAAUAUACUGCGUAUUUUCAAUAAAAAAAGAUUUUUUGUUGGGUUUAACUAUCGUAUACCCAUUUGAUUUUUUAAUCGAGCACCUGAUUGGGUACAAGAGAUUUCAAAUUACAAAAACCUCUACUCAAAAACACUUAUCUGUAAGUUGCAACUAACUAUACAAAUAUGUCUUACUUAUGUAUGAUAUACUUACUUAGUGUGUAUUUAAACACCGAAAAUACUUAAAAUAUCGUAAAGUCUGACAUUAAGUUCCAUUAUUUAAAAGUUGACACCUAGUUUGGUAGACAACUUCAUAAAUCUUUGUAAGCUUGCACUUUACUUUCUAAAACGAUCAAAAUGGUAUUCAAAGUUAGUAAAACAUUUACGAAAAACAGAAGAUAACAAAAAAAUACAUACUCGAUGGCUUAGUGUGAAAACCUCGUAUCUCAUUUUACAAAAAAUUUUACAUGAGUGACUUUAAACUGAAUUUCUGCAUACUCUAACCCAAAAUAUAUAUGAAAAAUGUAUGUGUAAUGAUCUAAAUGUACUCAGAAUCAAUGAUAUAUAAAGAUUUUUUUUUAUUUUAAGUUAGAGUAUGCAGAAAUUCAGUUUAAAGUCUCUCCUGUAAAAUUUUCUGUGAAAUGAGAUACGAGGUUUUCACACUAAGCUAUCGUAAUAUGAAAUACCAUAACAGUAUACAGUGUGACCGAUUUAGAUUGAGGGUUUUCAAUCUAAAUGACACACACUGUACAAGGAAGCAAAAAUUCAACACUCAGUACUAGGCGUAGGAGCCAGGGGGGUUGAGUGUGCACUGUUAUGUCCUCUCGGUACCUUGUCGUUUUUUUAAUAAUUUUUGGUGCUUAGAUUCAAUUUUUCUAGGAUACCAGAUUGAAAGUACGUCAGAUAAUUUGUCAUUAACUUUGUUUAAAUAAUUGUAUCCUUUAAACUAUAACAGAUAUUUAAUUUUGCCAAAAUGAAAAUUGUUCCUUUUGAAAUUAUGUACAAAAUGGCGUUUGGUAAACUUUGAUCCGAUUGUUAGAACCGGAGUUAUAACAAAUUUCGUGAAAAACAAUUGCAACAUAUUUAUUCAGGUGGAGCUUUUCCAAGUAUAACUCGGCUUUCAUACAUGUAUCUUGAUCCUGGGGGUUGUUACCCCCAAUGAUGGGGUUGAUUUGUUAAAACACCAUUUACCAGAAUAUAUUUAUUUAGAACACUAAAUACGACAGUAACUAGUUGGUGGACAAAGUUUUUGAUCUAACCACGUCGAUGUCUGAAUAAUGAAUAAUCUCUUCUUUACUUUCUCCGUAUCUAUAAAUAAAUCGUAAUUGUUUUGUUAUGAUUGACUACACCCGAAUGUGACCAUGAAUUCCUAAUAGUAAUUUCCUUCGUUGUUUUCAAAACGAGUGGCCUACAUUGCAAAACCAAUGUCACCCAUUUACGUAAUGUAAACAAUACAUGUAAAUAAUAUUUGUUUGAGACUUUAAAAAUUAAAUCGAUAUGGAUUACUCUUAUUUUUUGAAUGCUAAUGUAAAUCCUGUACACAUGCGAUUAACUUUCAAAAACCCCUCAUCUUGUACUUUUAUAUUACAAAUGAGGUAUUCUAUUUGGUCUUGAUCAAUAUCAUUCCAAAUCUCGAGAGCUACUGCUUCUACCUCUUGUAAGGUUCUAGGUGGUGGCAAACGCUGCCGUAGUCUUCUGCCAAUUAUGUCACACAAAUGUUCGAUCGGGUUAAGAUCUGGACUAUGCAAUGGCCAAUUCAAAGUCCGAAGAUUUACCUGUUGUAAAUAUGUAUUCGAUUCCUUCGCUAUACCGGGUGGUGAAUUGGAAAACGGGACAUAGGAAACUCAAUGUAAAAUUCUAAACUGUUGAAUUCCUGCUUCCCUAAAUAUUUUACAUCAAAAGACAUUAGAAACUAUUUUUAGAGGAUUGAAAUCUGCAUUGAAAGCAACUGUUAAAAUUGUUCUACGAAUUAAACAUAUUCCGAAAUUUUGUAAAAAUGUAAUACAUUUUUCAGUUUUUCAGCCCAAAAUUAGGCCACACACAGUGCAAUGAUGUGUCACAAUGAAGUUAUUAUUUUCACAUUUUUGAACUCUCAAUAUUUUUAUUUUAUCAUUUAUUGUUUAAAAACAAUACAGUUGAUAAGAUACCCUCAGUUGCGGAAAAAGUAUUAAUAAUAAAUAUUUUCUAAUCAGUCAAUGGUGUGAGCACUGUCAGUUAAAUAGUAACGUGUGACCUAACUUUUACACAUAUACCUACCUACUGUGGCAAAUGUAUUAUAUUUUUCAAAAUUUUGGAAUGCGUUUAAAUCGUAGAAAAAUUUUAACUUUUGAUUUUAAUACAGAUUCAAUCCUCUACCUACAAAUAUUCUCUCAUGACUUUUGAUGUAAAAUAAUUAGGGAAGCACGAAUUCAAAAGUUUAGAAUUUUACAUUGAGUUCCCUAUGGCCCGUUUUACGAUUCACCACCCGGUAUAAGAUCACUACUUGAACACCAACUCAACGCGGGUCAAAUUCCUUGUAACGAGGUCCAUUUUCACCAAACAACAAAAAAAUACGGACCUAAUUGAAACUUUAAAUAAUAAAUCUAAUUUUCACAACAAACCAGACACUUGUUGACUGUUAACAAUUUGACAUCUAUUAAAUUGGUAAUUUCUCAUAGCCUCCUUUAGGCUUGUCUAUUAAACUAAGCAGAAAAUGAGGAUUUAUUGAUGAAAAACAUGACUAGUUGUUAACGUACCUAACUUUUUUAUUAUCCAACAUAAGCAAAUGAACCAAAAAAGAAAAUAUUAAUAAAGCCUAGGGCUACAAUUGAGUUUUAAUUUCAAUAUUCUACAGGGUGUUUGGUAAAGAAUGGGCCAUAGCUUAACCUUAGAUUCCUGAGGUUAAAAUAGGUCGAUUUAAGCUAACUUAAAGUACAAAAGUUGAUAAUAACCGAAAUACAGGGUGUCAAAAACUUUUAUUUUAUUUAUUUUUAAAUAUUUCCUGACAGGCAUGGGACAACAACACGGAAUUUGGUAAGUGGUGCUGGUAUUGUACAGUCUACUAAAUUAUAUUAAACAAAUGAUUCUGGCUACUACCAGAGGCGUACGACGGGGGAACGUGAAUGGUUGACCGUUCCCAAAUUCUACGCCACUGCAGGAAUUGCUAUUUUAGAGCAAUUUUUUUGAUUCUCCAAUACUUUUUAUGUAAAUAACAUACUCUUCAUUCGUAACGAUAAAGCCAUUAGUUUUCGAGAUAUUUGAAGCUAAAAACGAAGGAGCAUAAUACAUUAAUCAAAAGAGUGUGCCUUUUCAUUUUUAACUUCAAAUAUCUCGGAAAAUUAAUGACUUUAUCGUUACGAAUUAAGAGUUAAUUAUGUACAUAGAAAGUAUUGGAGAAUCCAAAAAUUAUGCUAAAAUAGCAGUUUCUUCAGUGGCGUAAAUUUGGAAAGGGUCAACCAUUCACUUUCCCCUGUCGUACGCCUCUGGUAUUGACCAGAAACGUUUAUUUAACAUAAUUUAGUAGGGUGUACAGUACCUACACUUUCUGUCAAGUAUCAUAAGGAUAUAAUAGUUUUAUAGUACCGGACACACAUUUUGACAUAUCCGUGUCAUACUUGUUAAAAGGUGUAGGCACUGUACACCCUACUAAAUUAUGUUAAAUAAUCGUUUCUGGCUACUACCAGAGGCGUACGACAGGGGAAAGUGAAUGGUUGACCCUUCCCAAAUUCUACGCCACUGAUGAAACUGCUAUUUUAGCAUAAUGUUUAGAUUUUCCAAUACUUUCUAUGCAAAUAAUAUACUCUUCAUUCGUAACGAUAAAGUCAUUAGUUUUCGAGAUAUUUGAAGUUAAAAAUGAAAAAGCACACUUAUUUUGAUUAAUCUGUUUUAUUAUCCUUCGUUUUUAGCUUCAAAUAUCUCGAAAACUAAUGGCUUUAUCGUUACGAAUGAAGAGUAUGAUAUUUGCAUAGAAAGUAUUGGAGAAUCAAAAAAUUGCACUAAAAUAGCAAUUCCUCCAGAGGCGUAGAAUUUGGGAAGGGUCAACCAUUCACGUUCCCCCGUCGUACGCCUCUGGUAGUAGCCAGAAACGUUUGUUUAACAUAAUUUAGUAGAUUGUACAAUACCAGCACCACUUACCAAAUUUCGUGUUGUUGUCCCAUGUCUGUCAGGAAAUAUUCAAAAAUAAAUAAAAUAAAAGUUUAACUUUGACACACUGUAUUUCGGUUAUUAUCAACUUUUGUACUAAGGUAAGUUAGCUUAAAUCGACCUAUUUUAACCUCAGGAAUGUGAGGUUAAGCUAUGGCCCAUUCUUUACCAAACACCCUGUAUAUUUGCUAGAAUAUUCCACAGGGUGUUCCGAACUUUAAGGAAAAAACACAGUAUGAUUGUUACACCUGGUAUAAAAUGACAUUUAACUGUCUAUUGAGAAAUUCACACCGAGAAUGCAGUACGGCUAAGAUAGGGCAAUCAUUUCUAAUGGGGAAUAAACGCACAGGGUUGUCGGUCUUCACCAGUUGUUGAUUACUCUCUCAAGAGCGUCUCACAGGAACUGUGGCAACACUGAAUGCGCAUUCCUAUCUUAACCGUACUGCAAUCCCAGCGUGAAUUUCACGUUAGCAACAAUAUUUUAACAUCGAUUUUCUUAAAUAAUAACGCUAUAAAAUACUAAAAAAAUUACUUUAAUCGGACAACAGGUUUAAUAAAUUCGAGACAUGUAACAUGACCCAUUUUUAAAGUGUUUCGUUAAUUUUGCCGCUAUGUGUAUCUAAUAAGUUUAAUUAAAAAAUUUUUUUUAAAUUGAAAAAUUUUACACGCGUCAACUCGUAACUUUUAAUGACAAACAUUUUCAAAUUAAAAUGUACACCGGCCAAUUCGUGACUUUUCUACUACCUGACCCUGCCAACUCGAAACUGUCUACAGGUGAAUUCGAAACCAUUGAUUAAAUCAUUUGAAAUUUUUGUAGGAUAUUGUUCAUUACAAAAUACCUCUUUUGGCUCAGAAUUGAAAGUUGUACAAUCAUUUUUGCAAAAGUUAUUAAUAAUUUAUUAAAUGUUUACCUUUCAUUAAUGUCGAUUGAUAAACAAAGCUCCAAUUAUUUUUUACUUCAACUCAUUUUAAAGAUAUUUCAAUAAACCAAUCGGUUCUUUUUUCAGUUUUUUUGGUAAAAUGUUUUAACUUAUAGACGAAAAUUCUUAAAAUCGGCUAUUUUUCAUUUAAAUUGUCAAUAAAUAAGUAAAUGAUGAAUACCUUUUAUACCACCUUCAAAGAGGGUAGGUAAUUGUUACGCGUACAUACCUGGAAUACCGGUAUUAGAACUUAUACAUACUUAUACUACUUAGAAAAUGAAAGUUAUAAAUUCACCGGUAGUUGAUGGGUUAUCGAAAAAUUAGCUGAGGGCCAGAGUUGCCAGUUGGCUUGUAAUUAGGAUGUGGGAUUAAAAUAGUUACGAAUUCACCGCGACCCGAAGAAUUACCUUUCAAAUGAGGGGGUUUUGAAAGUUAAUCGCAUGUAUGAAAACUGAGUUACACUUGGAAAAGCCCAUCGAGUUAUCGAGAAUGUAUGUAAGUUAAUCGCAUGUAUGAAAACUGAGUUAUACUUGGAAAAGCCCAUCGAGUUAUCGAUGAUCGAGUUAUCGAGAGUUAUCGAGUUAGAAUGGGAUUCUAACUCGAUGGAAAAGCCCCAUCGAAUGCAUAUUUUGCAAUUGUUUUUCAUGAAAUUUGUUAUAACUCCGCUUCUAAAAAUCGGAUCAUAUUGUACCAAACGCAGUUUUGGUUGGAGGGGAGGUUUUAGUAAAUUUGAAACGGGUCUCGCUUCCUUCGGACAGCGCACACAAGAACCAAUUUAAAUGUUUUUCCUUAGGAGUCAAUUCAGUCAUACCGCUUUUGUAAUGUAUGCUUGAGUAUUUAUUAUGCGACGUUUACUUAUUUUCUCAGGUAGAAGUUGUUUUUUUUUUGAGGUGACGAAGUGUGACGUUUAGAAAAUUAAGCGACGCGUAUGUAUGAGUUCAUUUUUUAGAUUUUAGGGGUUACAGAGUUUAGGAAUCGAUCUUUAUACAGGCCGUUUCUCAUGAUCGUUCGUUUUUUUUUUGUAAGGUUUGUAGUUAACACGUUCAGUGCUGAUGACGCACCGGUGCGUCAAGCUGUUCUUGCAGAGGUGCGCAUGACGCGCCGGUGCGUCAUAGGCCCUAUCGAAUAUAAGGUUUAGUAUGCUAGAACUUGUAGUGUGAGUAUCGUAAGAGUGAUAGCACUGAACGUGUUAAGGUGGUCUAAGUUAAAGUACCAACGCCAAAAACAUUUUUUACUUUAGAUAGUUCUAUUGAUCAAGAAAGAUAUGAAUAUGAUGCACGUCCUAAGAAACGUUCUACUGUAUACUUCAAGCUUAGCAUAUAGUAAGACAGUUUGCUUUCAAAUUAUAUAUAAUUUUUUAUCUUGUCACAUGUCUUAAACGACACACUAAUCUGACCACAAGACAUGCGCAGUGUAUAUGUUACAGUUAAGUUGAUUCUCCAGUUGAGUUGAAUUUUCCUAGUUCGAGUCAACUCAAAACGGCUGAUUUUAGUAAAAAUUGAUUUUAAAUAUAAAAUAAAGAUAUUUAUUCAACAUUUCCUAGUAAAAGUAGACUCCAACUAGAAAAAGUAUACUCUUCCCAAUGACAUUUAGUAAGAAUUAACUAAUUCUUUCACAACAUAAACACAAACAACCGAUUCUAAAAAUAAAAUGUUACUGGGUAUGUUUUAAUCGUGAUAAGUAGUUGAAACAGUCAAAACAAAGAGAUGCGCACCAAUCAAAAAAGCAUGUGAGAUUUUACAUUUACUGAAUCGAUCGAGGAAUAGUCAACUCAAAGAGUUAGGGAGAGUCUACUUCAACUAAUAAAAGUUGAAUGUAAUUUUUCAAAUCAACUCUAACUGAGAAUCAACUUGAACUGUAACAUAUACAUUUAAAUUCUACAUUUAAAUACAUAUUCUGCUUAAUAAUAAUUGUGGAUCAGACAUUAAUAUAUACUAUGAUGAUACUUUACUGAGAGAAUUCUGUUAUGUUGUAUUUUUCUUAUUUUUCACACAUAAACAUACUUAUAAAAAAAAUGUUUCACAUGAUUGCCGUCUACUUUAAUGCAUCGACUCAGUGAUCUGAACACUAAUUUUCUUACAGGUGGUAAUUUUUAGAUUGGUAGAAUAAGUACUAUCAAUUUUAUUGAUCAGGAGAUUCUUUUCUAUAUGAACAUCAUUUCUCAAAUAACAGAUGCGUUUUUUGAGUCUUCUCACCUUCUUUCGAAGGCUGGCGGUCCAAAUAACCAAUGGUAGGUUUGGAAACUGCUUCACAAAAGAUCUCUGCGAAUGAGCGGCCAAACCAUCUUGUCAGGACUAAAGUUUUUGUCUCAGUACUUUUUGUAUAUUUCUAUGUAUAAUCUUGAUUUUCUUUGUUUAAAUAACAUUUUUACAAUACACUCUUUAUAUCACAAAUUUUUGUCGUAUCUCGGCGACAUUGUAAAUUCUUACGACGUGCAUCAACUUAUAACUCAUGCGAACUGUGCACGGUUUUUAAAAUUUUACGAUUUUUAGUGUAUAUUUUCGACAAUAAAAUUAUUGAUAAUGGUAUUUUGGUUAUUUAGAGGACGUCCUGUAUAAUAUACGUAAUAUUGUCUGCUUGCUGCCAUCUAUGAUGGCGCUGUCGUAUUAUAAUGAAUGUGUUCAUGUGACAAAAAUGAUUAUUAUGUUUAUGAGAUUUAAACGAAUCCAAACUACACGGGUAUGCGACAUAUAUGUUGUGUCUUUGCGACAAAAAUAUCACUACAGACAGUACACAUUUAUGGCAUCUUAACCUCACUUUCGGAAUUUUGAGAAAUAACACUUAUAUACUGUUGCAAUUCGAGGUACUGUACUUGCUGGUAUCAGUUAAAAGCAAAACGAUCUGAAGAAAAAUAAAUGGACUGUAUAACAUUAGGUUUGUUCGUAGUACGAUCAGCAACCGCUGCCAACUAUCAGACGCAUGCGCAGUUAACAGUUAGCGUUCGUAGACUGUUUCUGAAAUAUGGUGGAGACGCACUACAUCCACCAGUUAAUAACAUAAAUAUGGUUAGAAGAAAGGAUACCAGCAAUAUGGAAGAAAAACAUCAUAGUGCCCAUCCACAAAAAGGGGACAAAACAAAAUGCUCGAAUAUAGAGGAAUUUCACUCCUAAAAACGGGAUAUAAAAUCCUCUCAAAUAUCAUUCUUAGUAGACUAACCCCUUAUGCUGAGAAGCCGGUUUUAGGGCAAAUAGAUCCACAAUAGAUCAACUGUUUACGCUGAGACAGCUUCUAGAAGAGGGAUGGGAUCUAUAACAGACCUAUCGACAAUCUCUUCAAGGGCUUUCGACAGGCAUAUGAUAGCGUAGAAAGAAGCCAAGUAUGGAAUGCCAUGGCGGAGUUUCAGUACCAAAGAAACUCAUUCGGAUGACCAAAGUCUGUAUGGAGGGUGGAAUAUCAAAGUACGUAUAAAUAAUAAACUGUCUAACAGCUUUGAAAUCAACAGUGGACUCAAACAGGGUGAUGCGUUAUGUCCACUACUUUUUAACUGUGUAUUAGAGAAAGCCGAAAUAAAAACAGAAUUGCUAUCGGUUCAAGGUCCCAAGUUAUUACUAGCGUACGCAGAUGACAUUGAUCUCGUUGGAGACUCCAUCCUAUCCACAAAAGCCAUUUUCAACAAGGUGGAAGGAGCAACAAGCAAAGUAGGGCUGAGGAUUAAUGAAGAGAAGACGAAAUAUAUGUGUAUAAAUAGAACGACACGAAGAGACAGGAUAGGACAAAAUGUGACGAUCAACACCUUCAAUUUUGAAAGAGUACAACGUUUUUAGUAUCUGGGGCCGUAAUCACAGAUGACAACGAUGUUACUGAAGAAAUUAAAGACAGAAUCCAAUCAGAAAAUCGCUGUCUAUUCGCACUGGAUAAGCUUAUAAAAUCAAAAAAUCUUGCAAGAAGUUCCAAGAUCAAAAUCUAUAAAUCCAUCGUCAGACCUGUACUAACAUAUGGUUGCGAAGCGUGGACCUUGACCAAAUCAAACGAAGAAAAACUCAGACGUUUUGAACGAAACAUACUUAGAAAAAUUUUCAGAUCCCGUUACGACAUUAACAGAAACCAGUAUAGGAUCAGAACCAACAUCGAAUUAAAAGCACUCUACAAUGACACCGAUAUUGUCCAAUAAAUUAAAUCACAGCGACUUUGAUGGGCAGGCCACGUGCACAGACUUCAUAACGAGAGACUUGUAAAACUGGUAUGGGAGGAGAUUCCUACAGGCAAAAGACCACUCUGACGUUCCAGAAUGCGAUGGAGAGAUAACAUCCAAGCAGAUCCCCGAAAAAUGAACAUUCCAUUUGACCCUAGGUUGGUGGAAGACCGAACAAAUUGGAAGAAAGUUGUAGUCAGCCAGGUCCCAUCCAGGGUUGUAGCGCUACGUGAUGAUGAUGAUGUUCGUAGACUACGAACGCGCAUGCGUCUGAUCGUAGUACGAACAAACCUAUAAUACAUCAGAGCACAAACAAAUAUGUGUUCACUAUUAGUUAGGUUAUACAAAAUUGUCAUAUCAGAACAACUUAAUGUCGCAAAAUGAUGUAAAUAUAUAGUAAUACCCGUGUAGCGGAUUUUCAACAACAGGAUUGUUAAAAGGAUAUAUUUCUGUCUAUAAUAGUACAUUGAAAACUAUGCGUCCAAAUAUUUUUUUCUAUUGUGGAAUGUUCGUGAUUUUAAAUUUGACAAAAAUUGUGCCUUAUAUAUCCUUUUAGGAAAGCUGUUCAAAUAUCUGACCUUUCGCAAGAAUCAUUCACUUCCAAGAUAAUAAAAAUUAGGUCUAAAGAAGCGUAAAGGCUAUAGCGGGAUAAGAUGAUCAAAACUGCCCCGCACCGAUCAGCCCCGCGACUUGAGCUUUCGAUAAAGCAUAUAAAAAUGCCGUCAUACAAAUUUUUAGGCCAUAGAACCUCUAGAGUCGAGAAAAGAUUAUUUUUUCGACUUUGCAGAGGCAGAAUUUUUAAUUUUGAGGGAAAAGGAAGAAAAAAUCGAAAAAACCGUUUUACCCAUUUUUUCCACAUAACCCCAAAACUCGGUGGCUAAUGAAAGUUUUUUAACAUUUUUCCUUUCACAUUAUCAAAUCCUAUUGUAAAAGUCCCCAGUUUUACAAGGAAAAAAAUUGGAAAACUAAGUUUUUCUAUAUUUUUUGCACUUUUUCAUCGUAUCGUACCCCAAAAUCAGGUGGUUAGACGGAUGAUUUUACAUCUAUUCUAUGACAGGCUAUGAAUCUUCAUUGUGAAAAUAAAUUAACUAUUCUUAAUGGGAAAUAAGCCACAAUUUUUUUUAAAAAAUGAUUUUAUUAACGUUUCUACGUCCAAAUCGGCUACCGUUGUCAAAAUACAAAAAAUAUUAAUAAAUUAAACAAACAUGUUGCUUAGUAAAAGUAGUACUGCCUAGUAAAAAAUUCUUCUAAUAAUUUAUUUAAUCUGACUCAUUUAUAUUGGCAAUUCAGACAUAUUAUACAUUUUAAAGUAGAAGACUUUAAAAUGAUACAUAUUGCCAAUAUUUAUGAGUUGCAUUCCUGGGACGACUUUACUGAAAGAUAGUUCAUUCGAUUAUAUGAAAUCAACCCUAACUGAAGCAUAUCCGUCACAAAAAAAUCAUAGCAUGCGAUUUGUCUUUAAAAAGACAACCACAUGCAAUGGUGACAGUAAAAUUCUCGCGUUAGAGGUUCCAUAGUAAAUCACGAGGGAAAACCAGAAAAAAACCUCGUGAUACUAUCCCGACAUCGUAAGUAUUAGGUCUUAGUAUUAGGUUCGUUGCAAUCCGUGACUGCACGCCGGGGUUUGUCCUAGUUGGGUCAGAGAGAGCAGCAUAUGUGCCUCCUGAUGAGAGACUAAUAAGUUUCGAAACCGGUAGAGGUGCUUGCUGCACUCUCUGAUUGAACUGGAAUAAUGAUGCGGCUGUAGUUUCGUGUUGCAACGAAAUUGAAAAUGGUUAUUCAUUUUUGAUUUACAUGUUUACUCUGAUUGGAGUACGACGGGAACCAUUCUCGUUGGAACUUUACCGCGGUGAGCAGAUGGGACGUGAAUUAUAAAUUGUAAAAUUCCCUCAUCUUCCUUAGUCUCAGUAUCCGUUAUGGCUUGCAAAUUGUAGAAGCCUCGGAGGUGUUACCAGAGAAGGUUCCCAUUGUUUUCAGUCUGGUAGAAUGUAGAAUAACAUUUUUGGAUGUUGUUUUAUGUGCUAUUAGAUUGAAAACUUAGUUUUUAUUAGGUCUUACUUUAGUUUACUCUCAAAACUAAUACCAAAUUCUGAUCUUAAUAUGUGCAUUAAAAAUAGUUAAUUACAAAGAUGCCACAAGAAAAUAGCUUCAGAACAACAUUGUGAAAAUAAAUAUUUUCAACCAAAAAAUUCUCAAAUACGAAAACAUCGUGGGGGUGAUCGGAGCGGGGGCAGUUUUGACCAUGUUAUCCUGCUAUAGCCUUUACCACAAAAUUGUGAUCUUAGGGCUUCAUUUUUUACCGAAUGCGGCCGAUGAGGGUUUUACGAGGUCAGGUAUUAUUCCACUAUAAUUGGCUUAGGGGUGAAGAUAUUCAAAAGAUACACAUUUAAUAAACUUAACAAAAUACUAUAAUAUGUACAGUUACUCAUUGAUUACCUUUAUGUGUUGUUUAACAUACUUUGUGAUUAGAGCAAGUGAUUUUGUUUAAUAUCGUAGUUAUUUUACGCAAAUGCUGUAUUUUCUGGAGCAAAAUGAUGUUCAGUGAAUUAAAUAUACAUUUUUUAUAAGAAAUACAUUGAUUUAUGCAAGUGCGUUCCGAAUUCCUCACAAAUAUAGGAGAAAUGAUCGAUAAUGUCCUCUUUAUAAAAACUUAUGUAUACAGGUAGACGGUAUACAUUAGUAUACCGUAGUAUACGGUAUACCUCUUAAUGUAUACAAGUACGGUAGUCACAUUAAAUACUCAAAAGGAGAACUGCACAGUGAUCUUACUAAUUUUACGAGUAAAUGUUACAAUUUUACUUCCAAAUCAAUAGUCCAAGAGGCAGCGCUGAAAAAUUUCUCUGAAUUUACUAAGACUAGUUAUUUCACAGUUGAUUACUGUGAUUCUGUAGAGAAACAUACUGCGGUCGGUCAAGCGAAACGUAGAACAGGGGUUACUGAGAGGGUAUCAAAGUUGCUUUCCUACGAAGGUAAUUAUUUCCAUUUACUAAGGCUGAAAAUCAGUACACACAUUCUAAAUUAAAUAUAAAUAAAAGUUAUUAGUCGGUCAGCUGUAUAACGGGACAGAGCCGGUCGGUCGGCCCCAAUGCAUGUACAGGAUUAUUCACUAUAUUUUGACCCCCUUGUAAACUGCUUUAUUUACAGAAUUAGAAAAAAAUGUAAAAUACAAAACUUAUUCAGUUUUUAAAUUAUGAUUUUUUGACAUAUGUAUAUAUCGUACUAGUGACGUCUACCAUCUGGGCGUGCUGACGUAAUCAACUAGUUUUUUAAAUGAGAAUAGGGGCCGUGUGCUAGCUCAUUUGAAAGGUUAUUCAAUUCCCUAUUCAGUAAUAUAAACAUUAACAUGAUUGUUUAUACAGGGUGUCCAAAAAUGUUUUUUAAAUUAAACUAAUUGUUUAAUUAAUAAUUAAAGAAAAUUUGGACACCCCGUAUAAAUAGUGAUCUUAGUGUCUAUAAUGCUGCAUAGAGAAUUGAAUAACCUUUCAAAUGAGCUAGCACACGACCCCUAUUCUCAUUUAAAAAAAUAAUCGAUUACGGCAUCACGCCCAGAUGGAUGACGUCACUAGUACGAUAUAUAUGUCAAAAAAUCAUAAUUAAAAAAUCUAAUAACUUUGUAUUUUGCAUUUUUUUAUAAUUCUGUAAAUAAAGCAGUUUACAAGGGGGUCAAAAUAUAGUGAAUAACCCUGUACAUUCAUUGGGGCCCACCGACUAUAAUAACUUUUAUUUAUAUUCAAUUUAGAAUGUGUGUACUGAUUUUCAGCCUUAGUAAAUGGAUUUAAUUACCUCCGCAGGUAAGCAACUUUGACAAGCUGUCAGUGCCACCUGUUCUGCGUUUCGCUUUACCGACCGCAGCAUGUUUCUCACUUAGUCUUAGUAAAUUCAGAGAAAUUUUUCAGUGCUGCCUCUCCGUCUACAAGUAUAUUUGAUGUAUUUUGACGUGACUACGUUUUACGUUUGAGCUGAAAAAAAAAGUGAGUAAAAAAGUUAAAAUACUGUUUACAAUGUGUGUUAAGGGAUUAAUAUUGGACGAGGUUAAGGUAAUAAGUAAAUUCAUUAGUGUUUAUUAAGUGAACUUACUUAUAGAUCAGUAAUUCCGUUUCUAUUAUCAUCAUUUUCUCAAAAAUCCCAUUAAUCAUCGGAAUAACGGGGAAAAAUAACUAUUAGUUCUGUAGUCUCGUCGGUGAGGUUAUUCAAGACCCGCAUUUCCUCUUCUUUAUAUUAUUCACAACAUCUUAUUUUUGGGCGGUUAUAAACACAAACCAUAUAUACUCAUAGACGUUUCACGUAAAUUGUCAAGGUCAAGACAGCAAAUUAGUUACCAUUCCAAUCCAGAGAUGUCGCUGUCAGUAAAUUCUCUUGUCAUAUUUAACAACUGACAGUUGACAAUUAAAUUAAUUUGUUAUUUACUUUUUAUUUUACAGUUUGUGGCUUAAUUAUUUUAUUAUAGUGGUGUUACGUUUUUAAUUAGAUUUAAUCACAAUUUUAAUCUAUUAUAUUAACCUCCUCCCCGUUUUUAUGAGUAGAAUUUUUAGUUUACAUUGAUCAUCCCGUGUUGUGUUUCUCCACAUUUAAAAAAACAAUAUAUUAGAUCCUGAAACAGUUUAUUCCAAUAGACAAGUGUGUCAUCAACAUUUCGGGCCUAUAUAUUUUUGGAAGUUUGUAAAAGAUUAUAAGGUAAUAUUUAUCUAAACAAUCAUUCUACAAGAUUCUUUCAAAAAUUUUCAUUCAACUCAAUAUUACACAUCAGUGUCUCAGUGCUUUCAUUUGACACAUGGCAGUAGUGUUUAGCAUUUUGAAAACAAAUUGGAAUAUUUGAAGUUUUCAGUAAAAUAUUGAAUAAAACAUUGAAUUGUC